UACAUCAACUCAUUUGGGAGAGAAAUCAAAAUACUCAUAUAUCAAUAAGCUAGCUAGCAAAUAUUGGAUCUAAAGCUAGCUAGUCUCUCAAAAAUAAUGAGGAAGCCUGAGCUCUCAUCAGUUGGGAAAAACAACCAAGUUAACAACAAUAAGCUUAGAAAGGGUUUGUGGUCACCAGAAGAGGAUGACAAGCUCAUGAACUAUAUGAUGAACAAUGGACAAGGCUGCUGGAGUGAUGUAGCAAGAAAUGCUGGCUUGCAGAGGUGUGGAAAGAGCUGUCGCCUUCGUUGGAUUAAUUACUUGAGGCCUGACCUUAAGCGCGGUGCCUUCUCGCCUCAAGAAGAAGCUCUCAUCAUCCAUUUGCACUCCCUUCUUGGCAACAGGUGGUCUCAAAUUGCAGCACGCUUGCCUGGACGAACUGACAAUGAAAUCAAGAAUUUUUGGAAUUCAACAAUAAAGAAAAGGCUUAAGAACUUUUCAUCUACACCCUCACCAAAUACAAGCGAUUCAUCAUCACCUAAAGAUGUCAUGGGAGGGCUAAUUUCCAUGCAAGAACAAGGCAUCAUGCCCUUGUACUUGGAUUCAUCAUCGUCAACAACAAAUUCCAUGCAGGCUAUGACCUUAAACCACAUGAUUGAUCCAUUGCCUAUGAUCCAUCAUGGCCUAAACAUGUCCAAUAGUGCAAGUGGAUACUUCAAUGCAGCACCACAAUACAUGACUCAAAUUGGUGUCAAUGGAGAUAGUUUUUAUGGUGGAAAUGGAGUCUUUGGGGGUGCUGAUAUGGGCUUAGAUGGUGUUCCUCCUUUAGAGAGUAUUAGCAUUGAAGAAAAUGUUAAAACUGAAAAUAUGUAUAAUAAUAGGACAAUGAAUAAUAACACCUCAAAUAACCUGAACAACAUCAGCAACUGCAGUAACUACAAUAAUAGAGCAGAAAACUUAGCUCGAGUUGGAAAUUAUUGGGAAGGAGAAGAAUGGGACUUGGAGGAGUUGAUGAAGGAUGUUCCCUCUUUUCCUUUACUUGAUUUUCAAGCUGAGUAAUUGAUCUGUGACCUUAUAAUAUUUUCCUUUUUCUUUUUUUUUUUUCUCUUUCAAUAUACUUUUCUUAGAAUUUUUUUUCCAUAGAGCUACCAAUAUCCUAGUCAUAAUAGGCUUCAUAAAAAGUAAAAAUUCAUUGUUUAUAACAAACUACCCUCUGGCUUUUGGUUAGCCUCAAGACUGAGUUUCUUGUGCUUUACUGUAUGGGAAGAGACUGAAAUAAAGGUCACAUUUGAAGGUGGUAUAUAUUGGUGACAUUAUGAUAUUCUUGAAUGUACAUUUACCUUAUUGUGCAGCUAGAGAGAGAGCAAGUUGGUCAAUUGUUUGAGCAUCCGGGUAGGUAUUGCUAUCUUCAUGCAUGUUAAAGGCCACAUAAAAGUAGAGAGGGACAUCUAGUUUUAGUUGGUAUAUAUAUAUGUAAGUUCUUUUUUUCUUUCUCCCUUUUUGGGCCAAGGUUGGUAAAUAUAAGUUGUAGUAUUGUAUGAGAUGUACAGAAUGAUGUAAGGAUGAAAGUUAAUGUUGUUAGUGGGACAAAAAGUAGAUUGUACUACAUAUGUGUAUUGAUGAAUUUAUGAAAAUUUUCUCUCUCUCUCUCUCUCU